AUGUCCUACUUCGCGUCUUCUUUAUGGGGCCAACAAGAGAACGCAAAGAAAUCUCAGCGCUCUGAGCACAAAAAGUCGAAUGGGAAAGCUGCAAAUGUUGACGUCGCCGAUCAUCGAAACAAGCUACCCAUCGAUAGCAGCAUGAGUACGCCCGUUUCUGCUCAGAUCGUUAUGACCGAGGGUCAGAAGAAACGGGAGCAAUCAGCCCAUGCCGACAGCCACAUGCGUACUGCAGUUGAUACGACGGACCAACCUUAUGACUCGGACCUCCGCUACAGCGCAGGACCCGAUGAACCCAAGCCAGUCAAGAAAAGCGUCGAGGACCUUGAACUCCAACUUUCGCGCAAGGAUACCGAGUUGAAGGCAUUGAAGGAUGAACUCGCUAAUCAGAAAGUGCUCGAUGGUCGAACAAUCCGCCAUCUGAGGAAUCAGUACGAUGACUUACGGGCGAACACCGUCGGCGAGCCCCGAACAUUGCGAUCCGCCAGCCUGCAGUACCAUGAGCUCCAGGAACGAUUCGAGACGGUGUCGGAGGCUCUCAAGGAAGCGAACGACAAGUAUCGGAAUCUUGCUAAGGGUUACGUACAGUUACAGCAAAAGCUGAAACUGGCGACGAAAAAGAACCUUGCAGCCGCCACAGACACCCGGGUGCAAGCGGCGUACAAUAAGUUUUGCACCACAGUUGAACGAUGGGUAGACACACAGGUGGACGACGCAGAGAAGUUCCUUCAGGAAGUCUGGUUUCGGGAGUGGAAGAACGAUGAUUGCAAGAAUGCUAUCAUCUUUGCCAUCGCUGGUCAAAAGCUCCUCAACGUUCUCGAAGCGAAUCCGGACGUCGAAGUAUAUCUCACCCAGUUACUGAUAUUCGGAUUGCUGCAUCACCUCGUCCUCGAUACAGGCGAGCGUUUCCUUGGGCUGCAUAGCGAUAUCGAAAGAUUCCUAGACAUGGUCGAGGACGGUGCUGAUGAGUUGCGUAAGGCUCCAGAAGAACGAACAGUGACCAUUUGGACAGCGCAGUGCUUUCGAGCCAUGCUCAAGGUCGAAUUCUUCCAAGGCUUGCAGGAAGAGCGCCGAAAGCAAGCUUCCGCGCUGACCAAUCGUGUCCUCGGGCCGCUAUUCAAACAUGUGUCUGGACAUUCGUUCGAUCCAACAUCGACGCAUGACCUUGUUCAGGAAGCCAUCAACCUUUCCAACACGCUCAACUCACUCCCGGGAAAGUAUCACAUGUCCAUGGAAGACCGUGCGGGCCACGAUGUCUUCAUUGCCCUUGAUAAACUCGACCAAUUCGAUAUCAUCGACGUCGCCACGGCUGCACCACUUCGUCCACGGGGGCAGGCCAGGGCGAGAGAGAAAGGCUCGACUGUUCAGAGACUAGCUAUCCUAGUUCCAGGCCUGGUGCGGAGAGGUGAAGAUGGCAACGAGGACGUGGUAUUGAAGAAACCAACGGUGCUUGUCCACAUUUACGAGCCAACUCAUCACCCUGUCGAGCGUGAGGGUGAAGAGCUAUUGGACGAUCGUGAAGGCUAA